AUGACCAUGAUCCAACAACUUCUUUGUCAAUUAUUCUCUGGUCAAUGUCAAUUAAAAUCUCUUCGAAUUGAUAUUAGUAACGAAUUUAAGAACGGUAUUAUUCAUCACUGUUUAAAAUCAAACUCUAAUCUGUCUUCAAAUUUAAUUCAAUAUCAACUUCAGUCGUGUAAUAUAACUCUUCGCCGUUUACAUAUUCGACUUAAUCAACCAUGUUUUUUUGAAAAUCUUAUUGAAUAUGUACCCAAUCUCGAACAAAUGUCAGUUGAGUUUUAUUCUUCAUUACAAUUCAAUUGUCUACGGAAAUCGAACGAUCUUGAAACACUGAAGAAAUCAAAUGAAAAUUGGUUUAAUAAAAUACCAAAACUACAAUGUUUUAGUUUAAAAACUUUCAUUUCUGAAGAUACAGAAUUUGUUUAUUUGAAAUGGGUUCUCAACAAUUUAAAUUAUGUUGAAAAACUUGAACUUCAUCUCAAAAGUGUUAUACUAAUCGAAACAAAAUGUCAAAAUAUAUGGAAAUCUUUUAUUGAUGCAAAUUUCAUUCGUCAAUAUUGUUUACCCGAUACAAUACCUAAUUUAACAUAUUUCAAUUUUUAUAUUUGUUCACAAUGUCAAUUAUCAUUUAAUGAUAUUGAAAAAAUAACAAAUUCAUUUAAAAUUCAUUCUUUUUUUAUUUCAUAUCAAUGGACAAAUGUAAAAUGUUUGUUUGAUCCAAUCAUGUCGUGUCAGCAUCUUUUCUCUUCUUUUACUAAUACAUCUCAAUUCUCUAAUAAUCAAAUUAAUUAUUCAUUUAUUUUUAAUUGGCCAUAUAUUGACAAUCUCUUUUUCCAUCCGUAUCCAUCACUUCAUUUAUUUCUCGAACGAUUUAAUGAAUUAUCUCCUAAUAUUUCUUGUAUUAAAAUAUACAAAAGUAAGUUGCUUUGCUAUUUCAAUGAAUUUCCUGAAGAUGGAACAAAUAAAUAG